AAAUCCGGUCCUCUAACCGCUUCUCUCCCAAGUUGAAUCUUCUGAUCAUCGAUUUUAUUCGUAUAAGGGAUUGAUUUUCUAGUGAUUCGGUCUCAUGGCCGGCCGUUUCGAUAGUAAUCCCUUCGACGAGGAAGAAGUCAAUCCGUUCGCGGAUCCAGCUGUUAGGGGAAAGUCAUCAGGACAGUCAAACUACAGCGGAGGUGCAUUUUAUACAACAAAUCCUGGAAGUGUUCCUCCUGCCACAAACUCAAGGCUUUCACCUCUUCCUCCUGAGCCUGCAGAUUUUAACUAUGAUCGUGGUGCUACAAUUGAUAUUCCUCUUGAUUCAGGAAAAGAUUUGAAAAAGAAGGAGAAGGAGCUUCAAGCUAAGGAGUCCGAAUUGAAGAAGAGAGAACAGGAACUGAAAAGGAGGGAAGAUGCUGCAGCACGAGCUGGUAUUGUCUUAGAGGAGAAAAAUUGGCCUCCAUUUUUCCCCAUUAUUCACCAUGAUAUUGCAAAUGAAAUACCAAUCCACCUGCAAAGGAUACAAUAUGUUGCUUUCAUGACAUUGUUAGGUUUGUCAGCUUGCCUGUUGUGGAAUAUUGUAGCAGUUACCACAGCAUGGAUCAAGGGAGAAGGUGUGACUAUCUGGUUUCUUGCCAUUAUAUACUUUAUAUCAGGAGUGCCAGGAGCCUAUGUGCUGUGGUACCGUCCUCUUUAUCGUGCUAUGAGGAAUGAAAGUGCGUUGAAGUUUGGGUGGUUUUUCCUAUUUUACAUGCUUCACAUCGUAUUCUGCAUAUUUUCUGCAGUUGCUCCUCCUAUCGUUUUUAAGGGGGAUUCUCUCACUGGUAUCUUGCCAGCGAUUUCUCUUAUCGGCAGCAAUGUUUUGGUUGGGAUUUUCUAUUUCAUUGGUUUCGGAUUGUUCUGCCUCGAGUCAGUUAUCAGUAUUUGGGUUAUUCAGCAAGUAUACAUGUAUUUUCGAGGUAGUGGCAAGGCUGCACAGAUGAAGCAGGAGGCUGCAAGAGGAGCCAUGAGGGCAGCGCUAUGACGUGGCAGCAAUGUAAUGAAAAAUGAUACAGAUGUUACGAAAGACUGACGUUGGAUGUGGCCAACAAUUCAGAGCAGUUGGGGAAAUUUGUUGCUUUAUCUGGGCAUUUUUACUCUUGUUGAUGUUUGUUUGUCGGGGUAUAUUAUCAGAAGAUGACUUGAUGUACAAGAAGAGGUAGGUCGAAGCAUGUUAAAAAGCAGACUUAGUGUGUGAUCUUGUAUUAGAGAGGGUGCGGCUUCAUUGAACUCA